UGUUUGGUACUUGUGUAAUAGUAGAAACACCUCUCGCCAUAUAUAUCGUGUUAUUACUACUUUUAAAGACUCUGAGCACCACUAAUAUGGACACGAAUUAGAGUAUACUCUGAUUCGUGUCCAUAAUAGUCUAUAUAUUGUGUAACCUCAUUCACGCAGGGCUCAGACUCCUCAAUUUUAUUUGUCACCAAGGCUUCCUCCAACUUUCAUUCCCUCUGAUCUAUUUUCCUCCCUCCUCUCUGGAAGAUUAUCCCUGGGCGUCUUGGAUGAGAGGUGAACCUGAACCCCAUGAGAGGUUAUCUGAUUGAGCUGUGGUCCAUCUUUGUGGACCACCAUGGAAGGCCUGGCCAAGAGCUCUUCAAGCUAGGAAACACUGCCAGUGUCAGAGGGCAACUUUCCUACACCACACGCUGACCUGUGGGUGCACGUGUUGGGCCUCUAUACCAUGUGGGAUCCUGUGUAUUGUUAUCAUGGCAGGUCACUUGGUGAUUGAGGUGAAGAGGUUGCACCUUCUUUUGGAAUACCACCACUACUUUUUUGGACUGGACUGUCUUGAACACCCUUCACUAAUGCUGACCGAAGCGUGUGGAGCCAUGUCAGUGGGGUCAGAUGUUUGCGAUCUGACCCUUUUACAACCUGCACCUCCUGUGUCAUCCUUACCAGGAGCUGGUGGCAGCUGUGGGAUGUCUGUUGGUGGUGGCCAGUGGACCCAACUGCUGGACCUCCACCCUGGCUCUCCAUACAGCUCCCUGCCCUCCCAUCACUCCCUCAUCAAGCAGGAGCCAGGCUGGGGAACCACUGACCAAAUAGAGGACCCUCACUGUGGACGUGGGGCCUUCACAGUGCACUUCUCUGGCCAAUUUACAGGCCCAGGCCCCUGCCGGGUCGGGGCCUUUGGGGAGCCACCUUCAAACCAGCCACGAAUGUUUCCCAAUGGAGCCUACCUGCCCAGCUGUGUGGACAGUCCUCCUACACCCAGAAAUCAGGGUUACGGAGCAGUUGGUUUAGACAACAACCCCAGUUAUGGUCACACUCCAUCUCACCACACCCCUCAGCUCUCCAGCCUGUCAUUCAAACACGAGGACACACUGUCACCGCCAAACAGCAUAGUUGACCAGCAAUUUCCAGCACCAAAUCCUAUGUUUGGCUGCCACAGUCCUUCAGACUCUUGUCCGAACAGCCAAGCGCUGCUCCUGCGAAAUUACAACAGUGAUAACCUGUACCAAAUGGCAUCUCAGCUGGAGUGUGUAACAUGGAACCAGAUGAACUCCCUGGCAUCAUCUAUAAAGAGUGGCCAUCCACCCAGCUAUGACAGUGACCCCACAGCCCCACCUCCAUCCAUGCUUGUCAGCGCCCAGUACCACAUACACACACACGGUGUCUUCAGAGGACUUCAGGAUGUCAGACGGGUAUCCGGUAUCACUUCCCCAGUCGCGAGAUCUUCAGAAGCCAGUGAGAAGCGACCCUUUGUGUGUGCUUAUCCCGGCUGCAGCAAGAGAUACUUCAAGCUGUCACACCUGCAGAUGCAUGGCCGCAAACACACAGGAGAGAAACCUUAUCAGUGUGAUUUCACGGACUGCGGGCGCAGAUUCUCUCGCUCGGACCAGUUAAAGAGACACCAGCGCAGACACACAGGAGUGAAGCCCUUUCAGUGUGAGACGUGUCAGAGAAAGUUUUCACGGUCAGAUCAUCUUAAGACGCACACUCGGACUCAUACAGGUAAAACAAGCGAGAAGCCCUUUACAUGCCGCUGGUCCAACUGUCAAAAGAAGUUUGCCCGCUCUGACGAGCUGGUGCGCCACCACAGCAUGCACCAGAGGAACCUGACCAAGCAGCAGCCUGCCAUCUGAGCAGCGAGAGGAGGAGGAGGAGGAGGACAAAGAGGAACGUGACAGUAUGAUGUGCCAGCUAGUAGAAAAGGACGCCUGGGUCCUGGUCAGCAGUUAUGGUGCUUUGCCAGACUCGCCAAAGUGGCGAGUGCAGCUGAUGCCGAUCUCAGCCACACAGACAACGUCAGGACUCACAGAUUACCCUGAAGGUCUUCAUGAUGCACUUCAAUUACUACUAGCAAUAAAACUCCCAAUUUGAGAGGGUAUAAUACCACAAUAACUCUGAGCCAUGAUUUUAAUUUUUUUUUCUGUGAGAUGAGGAAAAUGUUGAUAUACUGGUUUGGAUAUUUUACGACACUUGCACUGGCUUCUCCUUUUAUUGUUAAAACUGUCUCACCUUUGACUUAUGCUGGAUGUUGUAAACUGGAUUUAGAGCAACAUGAACAACUUAUCAGUGUUUGUGCGUUAAGUUGUACACAGAGAAUUUUUAGUUUUUAGGAAUGUCAACAACUUCAUCUCUCUAAGCUGUACAUUAUACUGACCUAAUUGCCCUGUAUAUCCUGAAUGUGGUGUAUUUGCUUACAAUAUAUGGUAUAUGGUUCUUGUACAUUCAUAAAAUAUUGAGUCACAUCACUAUAUGCUUGUGUUGGUGAGAGACAAAGGAGGUGUGGGUGUUGUCAGGUUAAGGUUAAGAGGCCACCUAUGAGACGUGGUGGGGGUGUGAGGUGGGUGACAGACAGUAAAACAGCACCCCUCUGUGACUCUGACAGGGUGCAGAUCUCACCCUCCUAAAUCUCAGACACACAUCUUCAUAACUAGGAACAUCUGGAGCCCAAUAAAUCUCAUUAGAAAAGACACAUACCUCAGUGUCAGCAGGCUGCUCUCCACUGACUGCCCCCUUCCAUGCAGGCCGGGCCCCAAAAUGCAUGCAUGCACACACUCAAGUUGGGCCGUACAUCAUAGCCUGCAGUUUAGAACAGCACUUUACAUCCUUCAUCCACAUGAUGGCAGUGUCAUCCUUUCUCGUCUUGCGGAUGGAGCUUGUGCUCUCAGUGCUCGACUGUGACUGAAUUCAGAUACUGUUUAUAUUUUACCGCCUCACCCUUAAGAUUACACAUGUCCAAUUUACUCUUGCCUUUAGUGGCACUGAAUAUCAGUACAGAAUAUACUUUGGCCCAUGAAAUAUACAUGGUUUGGAUAGAAUGUGUGUUUUUCAGCUUAUGUGCAAAUCUAGAGAUGGGAUGAUUCAGCUUCAGCGGGUGUGUAAAUAAAAUAUGACCCAGUGCGGGCAGAAAGAGUUGUUUCGUGGCUCAUAGCAUGUUUUAACUGUUGUCAGUGUGUUCGCAUAUGGAAAGUACAGUGCAGACAUCGCAGUAU